ACCGAUCAGACAGCAGGUCGGUCGGUGAGCGGAGAGACGGACCACACCGUAGUACCGGCGAUAAAACAGCAGACGUGAACCCUUGUUGUCUUCUCCUGUGGACUAACGUUACGGGAAGUUUUAUUUAACAGUACAGACGGACGGAGAGGGUCAGAAAGGCUGUCCACCAUGUCGGGGAGCAGGGAGGAGGAGAGGAGGAAACUGGCCGACAUCAUUAACCACUGGAACGCCAACCGGCUCGACCUGUUCGAGAUCAGCCGGCCCACAGAGGACUUGGAGUUCCAUGGCGUGAUGCGGUUCUACUUCCAGGACCGGGUUGCUGGUAACUUUGCCACCAAGUGCAUCAGAGUGUCCAGUACGGCGACAACGCAGGACGUCAUCGAGACGUUAGCUGAGAAGUUCAGACCAGACAUGAGGAUGCUUUCCUCGCCAAAAUACUCUCUGUAUGAGGUCCACGUCAGUGGCGAAGAGCGUCAGCUGGACCUGGACGAGAAGCCCCUCGUCGUUCAGCUGAACUGGAACAAAGACGACAGAGAGGGACGCUUCGUCCUGAAGAACGAGAACGACAUCCUUCCCAAGAAGAGUCAGAGUAACGGGCCAGAGAAGGAGAAGGAUGGAGUGAUCCAGAACUUCAAGAGGACUCUGUCCAAGAAGGAGAAGAAGAAGGAAAAGAAGAGGGAGAAGGAGUUCGCCCGGAUCCCUGAUGGAGACGAGCAGGCGCUCAGCCGGGAGGACGGGGAAAACAGUCGUCUGGCUGCAGAGGUUUACAAGGACAUGCCGGAGACCAGCUUCACCAGGACAAUCUCCAACCCGGAGGUGGUGAUGAAGAGGAGACGCCAGCAGAAACUGGAGAAACGCAUGCAGGAGUUCAUGAGCAGUGAUGGGAGGCCCGACUCAGGAGGCACUUUGCGGAUAUACGCUGACAGUCUGAAGCCCAACAUCCCGUAUAAGACCAUCCUGCUCUCCACCAGAGACACGGCUGACUUUGCUGUGGUGGAGGCGCUGGAGAAGUACGGGCUGGAGAAGGAGAACCCCAGAGAGUACUGCAUCGCUCGGCAAGAUGAUAAGUCUGGAAAGGAGGCGAUUCUGGACGAUAGUGAGUGUCCACUGCAGAUCUUCAGGGACUGGCCCGCUGACAGAGGAGCGCUAGUGUUCCAGCUGAAGAAGAGACCCCCCGACUACCAGGGGAGGAAGGGAAGGAAAGUGGAUGACAAGGGCCUGCGAGGGAAGGACGGCAGCAGCUCCCUGCCGCCUGAGAAACUGCCUUACCUGGUGGAGCUGAGUCCAGACGGGUCCGACUCCCGGGACAAACCAAAGCUGUACCGGCUUCAGCACAGCAUCACUGAGGUUGGCUCAGACUGCACAGAGGACGGAGCCAUCCAGCUGCUCGGUCCGGGGAUCCUGCCCCACCACUGCAACCUCAUGCACAGUGAAGGCAUGGUGACCGUGACGCCGCACGGCCCCGACGCCGACACCUUUGUGGACGGGCAGCGGGUUACAGAGACAACGGUGCUGCGUUCGGGCUCCACCCUCCAGUUCGGUUCUGCACACGUCUUUAAGUUUGUGGACCCGAUGUUCGACCAGGGAGGGAAGAGAGAACCAGCCGCCAUGAUGAGGAGCCGACACAAGUCUGGCAGUGUACCCGAAACCACCUUCGACCUUCACGGAGACAUCCACAGUGGAGCUGCUCUGCCUACCAGCAAGAGCUCAGGGAAGCUGGAGAUGGAGAGAGGGAUGGUCAAACCCAUGAUCAGAGGAGAGCAGCAGGACAGCAGGUCUCAGGACAUUUCAGCGGACAGAGCAGAAUUGACUCUGCCAGCCGGCAUCGAGUUCAGAGACAACUCUGAAGACACCUUCCUGUCAGCCAUCAUCAACUACACCAACAGCUCCACGGUCCACUUCAAACUGUCCCCCACUUACGUCCUGUACAUGGCCUGCCGCUAUGUCCUGUCGCCUUCUUACCGGCCGGACAUGUCGCCGUCUGAGCGGACGCACAAGGUCAUCGCCAUCGUCAACAAGAUGGUGAGCAUGAUGGAGGGAGUCAUCCAGGAGAUUCCUGAAGGGGAUCAGAAGCAAAAGAACAUUGCGGGAGCUCUGGCUUUCUGGAUGGCCAACGCCUCAGAGCUGCUCAACUUCAUCAAGCAGGACCGAGACCUGAAUCGCAUCUCGCUGGACGCCCAGGACAUCCUCGCCCAUCUGGUUCAGAUGGCUUUCAAGUACCUGGUCCACUGCCUCCAGGCGGAUCUGAACAACUACAUGCCUGCCUUCCUGGACGACCCCGAGGAACACAAUCCACAGAGACCCAAGAUUGAGGACGUCCUGCACACCCUGACGGGGGCGAUGUCGUUACUGCGGCGGUGUCGGGUCAACGCCGCUCUGACCAUCCAGCUCUUCUCGCAGCUCUUUCACUUCAUCAACAUGUGGCUCUUCAACAAGCUGGUGACGGACACGGAGUCGGGCCUGUGCUGUCACUACUGGGGGGCCAUCCUCCGGCAGCAGCUCAGCCACAUCGAGGCCUGGGCGGAGAAACAGGGUCUGGAGCUCGCCGCCGACUGCCACCUCAGUCGAAUUGUGCAGGCCACCACCCUGCUGACCAUGGACAAAUACUCCAUGCAGGAUGUGCAGAACAUCCACAACACCUGCUUUAAGCUCAACUCCCUGCAGCUCCACGCCCUCAUGACCAACUACCAUUGUGCUCCGGACGAGCCUUACAUCCCGCCUGAGCUGAUAGACCACGUGGUGGCAGUGGCAGAAAACACAGCAGAUGAGCUGGCGAGGAGUGAUGGGAGAGAGGUUCAGCUGGAGGAGGAUCCAGACCUCCAGCUGCCCUUCCUCCUUCCUGAGGACGGCUACUCCUGCGACGUGGUGCGCAGCCUUCCCAACGGCCUGCAGGACUUCCUGGAGCCGCUGCUGCAGAGAGGUUUCUGUAGGUUAAUACCUCACCCCCGCUCGCCGGGUACGUGGACCGUCCACUUUGAAGGAGCCGACUGUGACAGCCACUUCUCUGCUGCGGACAGUUCUGAGAUGCCAAUGAGGAAAGAGCCGGAGGUUGUCACGGUAACCCUGAAGAAGCACAACGGCAUGGGCCUCAGCAUCGUGGCUGCCAAGGGUGCUGGGCAGGAGAAGCUGGGCAUCUACAUCAAGUCCGUUGUCAAAGGAGGAGCAGCUGACGUGGACGGUCGACUGGCUGCAGGUGACCAGCUGUUGAGUGUGGACGGCCGCAGUCUGGUGGGCCUAUCACAAGAGAGGGCAGCAGAGCUGAUGACGAGGACGGGCUCAGUUGUGACUCUGGAGGUCGCCAAGCAAGGCGCCAUUUACCACGGCCUGGCUACCCUCCUCAACCAGCCCAGCCCCAUGAUGGCCAGAGCGUCAGACCGAGGCCGUGACAAGAACGGGAAGCUGCGACCAAAGAGCGAAGGCUUUGAGUUGUACAACAGCUCGGUGCAGAACGGCUCUCCGGAGAGCCCGCAGGCCGGCUGGGACUCUUACCCCGAACCAAAGAAGAUGAGCGGCGAAGAUCGACUGCUCAAGAACCGAGCCGACCACCGCUCCAGCCCCAACGUCGCCAAUCAGGGCCAGAGUCCUGCAGGCAAAGCGGUGUACCCCGGAGGACCCGGCACCAAGAUCACCUCCGUCUCCACCGGCAACCUGUGUGCGGACGACGAGCCCUCCCCUCCCCGUCCAGAGGCCUACCCCAUCCCCACCCAGACCUACCCCAGGGAGUACUUCACCAUCCCGGCCUCCAAGAGCCAGGAUCGGGUUGUAGGUCCCGGGCAGGGGCCCUCGCAGCACUGGCAGGGCAUGGAGGACAGAGAGCGCCUCCCUGUGGUCGACAACAUCCACAACAGCAUGCAGCGGGUUAACCACUCCCAGGAGGAGUUAUACCCCCCGCCGGGAGGUCUGAGGCCAGAGGAGCGCAUGCAGCAACACUACCAGCAAGACUACCAGCACCGGGACCUGGACUACCAGCACAGAGAUCUGGACUACCAGAGAGGUCCACCAGGAGGUCCCGACCACUGGGCCCCACAGCCGCAGGUGUCCUCCUCGUUGGAGUCGUCCACGUCCAGCCAGGAGCACCUCAACUUCUCCGCCUCCUCCUCCUCCUCCAACAAGACCCAGAACCAGAAGACGGGGCCGGGUCGAUGGAAGACGCCCAACGCCCCUCACCCCGUGCCGCCGCAUUCGGCCCAGCCGCCGUCCCGCUCCGACCUGCCCCCUCCUCCGCCCCCGCCACCAGCCCCUUACCCCGACGCCUACGACCCGUACGACCCCCAGCCCGACCUUCCGCUCCCGCCGCCUCCAGCCGCCGUCACUCCCGUCACGGCCCAGCAGGCUGCUGACCGCAAGAAGCGCGAGGAGCAGCAGCGCUGGUAUGAGAAGGAGAAAGCUCGGCUGGAAGAAGAGAGGGAGAGGAAGAGGAGAGAGCAGGAGAGGAAGCUGGGUCAGAUCCGGGCCAACCCCGUCAUGCCCGUCCAACCUCACAACAACGGAGGAUCCAUGCCUCCUCCCCACCACCAGCCCCCUCUGCCCUCUGUGGCCCCGCCUCAGCCCUACCUCCCCCCACAGCCCCAGCCCCAGCCUCCCCCAUCCAGACCAGAGAAGCUGGCCAGCCUGCCUCGCUCAGCUGUUCCUCCCCCCGCCAGUGGCUCCAACCCCGCCGGCAUGGACACGGUGAUCAGGGAGCUGCUGCCGCAGCAGCAGCCGCGGACCAUCGAGAGGCGGGACCUGCAGUACAUCACCAUCAGUAAGGAGGAGCUAACGUCCAGUGACAGUCUGUCUCCAGACCCGUGGAAACGGGACGCCCGCGAGAAGGCCGAGAAACAGCAGCAGCUCCACAUCGUCGACCUGCUGGACAAGGAGAUCCAGGAGCUCCAGGCGAAGCCGGAGCGAACGGCGGAGGAAAGCGACCGCCUCAGGAAGCUGAUGCUGGAGUGGCAGUUCCAGAAACGACUGCAGGAGUCCAAGCAGAGCGACGAAGACGAGGAGGAGGAGGACGAUGAGGACGUGGACACCAUGAUGAUCAUGCAGAGGCUGGAGGCCGAGAAGAGAGCCAGGUUGCAGGACGAGGAGCGGCGGCGUAAGCAGCAGCUGGAGGAGAUUCGCAAGCGGGAGGCGGAGGAGCGAGCAAAGCAGGAGGAGGAGAGGAGGUGGAGAGAGGAGGAGAGAGCCAAACGCGAGGCCGAGGAGAAGAGGAGACAGGAGGAGGAGUACUACACUCGCCUGGAGGCGGAGCGGCGCCGGCAGCACGAGGAGGCCGAGAGAAAGCUGCUGACGCCUGACGAGCCGGCCGGUCUGUAUCGGCCCCCGCUGCCCCGGGACUACCAACCCCCCGCCCCCCACAACCCUACUAACACCCCCCCGCCCCCCCCACAGAGAAACACCUCCUACCUCAAAACCCAGGUCACCUCCCCCGACACGCUCUACACCGCCAAGUUCGUCUCCUACGCGGGCGACGAGGAAGAAGACGAGGAAGCAGGAAGUGGCGGCGGCAGCCAAUCAGGUCAGGUGAAGCUGUCGGCGACCCGGAAGUCGUACGGCGACCUCCCGGCCUCCGCCUCACCCAAUCACAGCAGGCCUCAGCCGCCGCCCACUGCGCGCAAGCCCCGCCCCCUUUCUGACGGCAUCUUCCUGUCUGGCUCGUUCCAGCCGCCAUUCAACAACUCCAACAGUACAGGCCCCCCCCUUCCUGCCAAACCCAGCUCCAUCCCCCCGGGAGGCUUUAAAGGAUUUAACUCGUACACUGGAAACUCAGCAGGAGUUGUAGGAUCAGGAGAAGUCUACAAGGACCCGCGAGACAAAUGGACGAAGAGUCAGGAGCAGGAGAACUCGAUCCCCAGCGGCGCUCCGGAGAGUUUGACCUUUAAGGAGCGCCAGCGUCUCUUCUCUCAGGGGAAGGAGGUUUCCAACAAGGUCAAAGCUUCACGCAAACUGAUGGAGCUGGAGAACGAGCUCAACACCAAGCAGUAGACCCGAGCCUUCGCCUCCCGGCGCCACCUAACGUUCAGGUGCUCCUGGAAAAAAAAAAAAAACGGGUGGAGAGAGCCGGCGCUCGCUUCCCCCCCCACUGACCGUCUCCUCCUGUUUGUGUUGUUUUCUUUUUUAUUUUAAUCAUUGAAUAACUGGACCGUUCACUUCUUCGCCGUAGCUAUAUCGUUGCAAUAGGAGAGACAUUUAUGGCUUAAACCUUCUUCCCCUCGUUAAGGUCUGUCAAAGAUAUAUAAUGAUAAAGCACUGUAAAAACCUUCUAAUUGUAUCUAGUGAGCAUUUGAGAAUCACACGACAAAGGGGGAUAUAUUUUUGUUUAUAAAAUGGUUCUUGGGGCGAGGGAUGGAGAAAGCUUUGUUCUCAUUUUAAUUUUUUUUUUUUUUUAAAUAGCUCACUGAAAUAUGAACAAUUUAAUGGCGUUAUUUUAUGCUCUUUUUCUGCAUCAUGUUGUUUUCACUCUUUUAAUUCCUUCUUGCCAGCAGAAAUGCCCACGGUUGAGCUCCAGACCAAUCUUCCUUUUUAUUUUCUUGUUUUUUAAAAUUAAAUUCUCAGUGAGUGGAAACACUGUUUUUUCAUUCCGUAGCAAGAAAGCAUGGGAUUUUUUUUUUGUGACGUUUUAGAUAAACUCUGAAAGAUUCUCCAGAGAAGAAUCUUUAAGUGCACAACAUUACUGUAAAUAUUUGGGUCCACAACUGUCACUCUUUUACUACUGUAGAAACCUGCCAGGCUACUAAAAACUGCAAAACUAAUGUGAUUUAACAGCAUUUUGGCGACAGAUAAUCCAACAGGAAGUUCUGCUGACGCUGGACUGUCACCCCCCCGCUGCUCCUCACUGUCAGUGGAGUACAAGUUUUAAAUGUUUCGCCCCCGUCUGAGGCAACUUUAAUUUUACUUUCUUUUAAAUCUAAUAGUCAUUUUCUGCAGAGUUGUGUGAGAUUAAUUUGAUUGAUUGUACCCUAAAUUCAAAACAACAAGGAUUCCUUUCACUCACAAUGUGAUUAAUGUUGGUUUUCACAAUAAAAAAAAAAAUAAAACUGCUCUUUAAGUCCUCGUUUGCUUUACAGAUAUUUAUUUCAAACCUUGUGGGAAAAACAAACUUGCACAAAAACUUGUUUUUAGUAUUAAACAUGUAUCUGCAGACUGCUCGGAGUAGUGGAUUACAUUUGAGACCUCUCGUGCUGUGGUAAUAACCUGUUUCUGCGUUACAGAUGGGAAAGUGUUGUGUUUGUACACCAGCUGGAGUUCAGGGAGGUCCAGGUGUGAAGUCAAGGUGGCAGAGUUGUGGUUGUACAAAUAUAAAUACACACGAUCUCCAUAAUUCACCACCGCUGAUGUAGAAAAGAAACGCACUUUGACCCCCGGUGUUUUCCAGCCGGUGUAGUUUCAGACGUGUCUCUCCUCUGCAGUUUGUUCGAGUGACUCCAUCCUGUGUGUGGAUUUAUUUUAUUUCUCUCCACUAAAGCUGAUUCUACCUAAUGAGAUCAGAUGCUGUUCUAAUAACUGAGCUGUCUCCCCCAACAACAACAACAACGACUCCUUUUUAGGUUUCAAAAUGAACUGAAUCAUUUAAAUGGUUUCAUGUUUAGCCUUUUGUAAAUCAUUAAUAAAUACAGAUUUUUCAACAGUG